GUUAUUUGUAUGUUAAUGCAAGCCGUAAACAGAUGAUGACAACUAUAAGAAUUUGUAAAAAAUAAAUAUGAGUGUCGAUUUACUGCAACUAAAUGUGGACGCACUCUUCGAGCAGCACAGCGUGCUCGAAAUCGACACAGUGCAAAAGAAGAUUCAAACUGUUGUCGAGAACAAGCGAGAGGAGUUGCGUACCAUGGUCGGAGAACGCUAUCGGGAUCUUCUGAAGGCAGCUGAUACAAUAGCCGCCAUGCAGUCCUCGGCCGGCACACUAAUUGAACAGGUGCACUGUGUUCAAGCCAACUGCCAAAGUCUCAACGAGCAGCAGCUGUUGGGUUUCAAAACUGUGGCAGCAACUCCGAUUUCCGCAUCGUCAACUGAGGUGCUGCAGCAGCGAAGUGCCAGCAAGCAGUUAAAGAACUACUACAGCACCAUGGUUCAGAUCAAGCUGCUGAGCAGCUUGCCCGAGUUGAUUUGGACACACCUCGACAACGAGGAGUUCUACGCAGCCACUGAACUGUUCUUGUUCAGUCGUCACAUCAGCACUGGAUUGCAGUUGGAUGCGAAAAACGAGUUAAUGCAACAGCUGCCUGUGGCACGCAAGCAAUGGGAGAUUCUGCGACCCUUUCACGUGACCAUCAAGCAGACUGUGAUUGCUGUGCUCGAACGGGAGAAUCUCACUGCCGAGAUGGCAGUGGAUUGCAUGCAGAGUCUUCUGCUGCUGGACAAAUGUGAAUUGGGCCAAGUACUGCAGACCUUUCUCAACCUGCGUGCCACAGCAUUUGUUAACUCGCUGCACAGUGACGACAAGCCUAGGCGUGUCAAGGAGCGUAUUCUGGCAAGCUUGAAUAUACUCAAUGGCACCAUCAAAUUGCUGGACAAGUGUCUACUCGCCAAUGGUUUGCUCUUCACACGCUUGGCAGAGUGUGCGGCGACUAUUGCGCCACCUUCCAUCACACGCAUGGACAGCAGUGAGCGGCAAUUGGCUCCUCUGUUGCCUGACAUCAUAUCCGGCUAUAGGCCGCAAUUCGAUAUACCACAACUGUUGCCCGAGCAGCUGGGCGAAGCAUUGCGCCAGUGGAUGGCCAAGAUUGAUGGAUUGGCUGCCCAGCAGUUGCAGGAAAUCUUUGCGCUGGUCAGCAACAUGCAGACUAUACAAGACAUUAAGUUGGCAGCCAGCGAAACAGCCAAAAAAACCUACGCUGACUUGGAGCAGCAACUGAAGCUGCCACAGGCACAACUGGAUUUUUAUAGAAUCAAAUACAUGCCGUUGAUCAAUGCUCGAGUGCGCGAGAUUGUGCGCAGCAGUUGGGCAAGCGCCAUGCAGCAGACUUAUGAGCAAGUGGUCAGCUUAGUGAACUCAAGUAAUGCAUCAGCAGCACAGCAAAUAUGGCGCGAGCAAAAUGAUGAUUUGCCACUCAGUUUGGCUGCUGCGCUGAGUGAUCAACCCAAGCGUCUAGCGAAUCGCACCAAAGGCUAUGAUCGGGCAACCAUUGAACUCUGCUCCCAGUUUGAUUCGCAACUAGGUGGGAUUGUGCAGGAACUGAAUGUAUUGCUACAGGAACAGACAUCGCGGGCCGAGGACAAACUGACUCUCAUCAAUUUCCUGCGUGAAACGGCGCAGCAGCAAAUCACCGACUAUUUGAGUAAACUCAAAAUGUUGCAGCUGCAGGAGCGACAGGCGUUGUUGCAAGCAUUGCGCAUUACGCUGGCUUUGGUCGAGCUAUGUCCCAACCUUAAGCUGUGCUUCUGCCAACCCGCCAGUUGGCGUCAAUGGGCUGGCAAUCUAACAUCAGCUGGCAUAGAGCAUUGGCAACGAAUUUGUUUGAUGAUCGAAGAGGAAGUGUUUAAGAUGUGGCAGCUCAUCGUGGAUGACGUGCUCUCCUCUCUCAGUUGUGCUGAAAAGCUUCCGCGCACAAUUACACACGAUGUUGUUUUGCGUGAUUUUCCGCUCUGGCAGACACAGACUAUCGAGCAGCGCGAUGAGGAGCACGAUCAGAAUGUGCAGUCAACUAUUCGCAUUCCCAAUCAGCCACGUCUCUCGUUACAAACGUAUUUGCACCAGUUGAUCGAAGCUCUCAACAUCGCAGUGCCCCAGACAUUGCCUUCCAAGGUGCUGCAGGCCUUUAACAACAAGCUGCUGACACAACUCUUAAGCCACUAUGAAGAACUGGCUGCCUCAGAGUGCACCAAGAAUAGUCAAAAUAUAGCCUUGCAGCUGUACUUCGAUCUGAAGUUUCUGGAGCGCGUCUUUGGCGUUAGUCGCGAGGAGCGUUCGCUAUACGAGCAUUUUCACACUCUUCAACGCACACUGCGUGAUUGCAUCGACCCAUUUGACUUUGAAUUGUUUGCCGAACACAUUACUAUCCACGUCACAAAUUCGUCGGCACGAUUGCAUGGCGAGUUGGGAGUCCUCACACCGCCUCUGGCAAAUGCGCAAGGAGCAACUAAUGUUGGUCUGUCACAUGAAGCUGAUCCGAAUGUGCUCUGCCUGAGUUCUACGGGAUCUACAUCGCUUUGGUUUCCAUUAUUGCCAAUUGUUAUGCCUCUGGCGGCAACAGGAGCUGCUCAUGUGGAACGAAAAAGCCUUGCACUUGAGGCGGACAAGCCGACAACAACAACAACAGCAACAACUCCAACGCGUAAGCCGACAACACGCAAAAAUGAUGGCAGCAAAUCGAAGUCGAGUGCCGCCUCAUUCUUUGGCAUGUCCCAGGAGUGGUUUCGAUAGAGAGCAUCCCGCCAAAGCAGAUGAGCCUAAUAAAGUGGCCAGUGAAGUAGGAAAAGCUCGCUCCCGCGCGCAGCCAGCCGGAAGAGCAGGGAGCCACUGCAGCCUCAUGUGUAAUCAGAUGUGUAAUGGCAACAGCCAACGGGGAAUUGUGCUAAAAAUUCAAUUUGCUAGUGUGCGUGUGUGAGUGCAUAUUAAUAUAAAUAACAUGCAUUCAAAAUGCUUCAUUUAAAUUUAAAAAAGUAACUUUCUCUACUAUGUACACAAAAGUAUCGACUUAUCAAGACCACUUUCGUUGUGGUUUCCCAGAAACAAAUACAACAUUCAUUGCAACACACCAAAAUGCAUAAAUGCAUAAAUAAUACUUAAAAAUCAUGUU